AUGUGGAUGAGUUUGUGGCUGGGAUGGAAGAUGGAUAGGAUGCUCUGCGUGGAAAGUGCGGUGUCAAGAUGUCGGGAGGUCAAAAGCAGAGAAUCGCCAGAGCCCUCUUUCGCAAUCCUCGGGUUCUCAUCCUUGACGAAGCAACCAAGGCAUUGGAUGUGGAAUCGGAGGCGUUGGUUCAUCUCUUGGUUGACUUUCACACGAAUGGUGCCUAGUUCUAUACACCAAGGUACCCUCGUCGAGGUGCUCAAGAGGAGGAUUUCAAACCUUUAUAAUCUUGGAGAGAAUCAAGACCGUCAGAGAACGAGUUUGUCGAAAUUUGCACCGAAUCAUGAAAAAAUGAGCCUGGUGCUCCAAGUGAGCAGUAAGUCAGUCAGCACAAUUGUCGAAAGUGAGCUCGGACUGACCCCAUAUCGUGUUCAAAAGGCUGAAGUUUUGUCGGGAAAUAACAAUCUGGUACGUAUCCAGAAAUGCAAAUCGACGUUUGCUGGCACGCGCCAAAAUGAACGUAUGAGGAUGAUGUUCGGCGACGAGAAACUCUUGACGCACUACAUUUUUGAGAGGAAUGUGCUUCUAUGGACCGAAUUCUACUUUACAAACCAUGUUUAUACUGUUCAGUGGGAUUCUGUUAACGCUCACAUGGCAAAAAGCGUUCAACCAGGGUGCACGCCCAACUUUUCAAAAUUCGGGGGUCCCAGCACGUCCAAAUCCCAAUUUGGAGUGAUUGGGAAAAAGUGGAAACCCAUGACGGGCCCAGUUACCGUCAAAAUACCUCCGUGCCGCAAUAGAGGCGUUCCCGAAGAGACUCAUGGAUGUUAUGUGCACACCAAGAUCCCGAAGGGUCGUGACAAUGGUCACCUCUUCCGCCCAUCUUGUUCAUUUGCUUCCGUUGAAGACAAAUUCAGAUCUUCUGGAUGGUCUAGUCAUUGGCCGAGAAGCCGUCGGACUCUCAAUUCAACCACUCAUGAAGUUAAUGGUCAUCACGAAGAAUUUUCGAUGACUUCUACCUGGGAAUACCUGCUGCUGCUUUGUUCAGAUCGUUCAGCAUAA